CAAACACAGCAGCCGUUUACGCUUCGACUCGAGCCUCCUGGUCGCUGGUGGUUGGCUUGUCUCUGUUGGGCCGCAACCGCCGCGGGAUCGUCGACCCCUGUCAUCAACAAAUAUACAUGGCAACCCCGAUACACGAAACCUUGCACAACGGCAACAGCGUCGCGCACUCACGCCAACAUGUCAGGUUUUGGUAGCUCCAUUAGCACCCCGCGCCGCUUGCGGCCGAACCUACGACCGGCAGAGUCGUCCCCGAAUCUGUCAUUCUCGUCCAGCACAAUUGCGCGCCAGGCCUCUCUCAGCGCACUCACCGGCGGCGCAUCGCCCUCUCCCAACAGCAUGGCAGACGCACAGGACGUCGACAUUGGCGACACAGUUGACGUGCCGGGCGGCAUGCACGGCAUCGUCAAGUUCGUGGGCAGCAUCCGCGGCAAGAAGGGCGUUUUCGCCGGCGUCGAGCUCAGCAGGGCCUUUGCCUCGCGCGGCAAGAAUGAUGGCGCCGUCGAUGGCACGCAGUACUUCACCACUUCCACACCUGGCUCGGGCAUCUUCCUGCCGGUCCACCGCGCCCUCAAGCGCUCCUCGGGCACCUCAGACGACUUCCCGCCGUCCCCCACGACCCCCUCCUCUGCAGGCAACAACUUUAGUCUGUCCACCACCGAGAAGCCCAACUUCAGCCCCAGCACGCCUUUCGUAGCCAAGUCCAAGUUUUCGCAGUCGGUUGGUCCUGGCGCUCGCCCCCCAAGACGCCCGUCAGUGUCGCGCCCCGAGUCCCCGCUGCGUAAAACCUCCAACCUGGCCCCACCAACACCCGGUCGCAGCGGAAGCAUCACCCCCUCCCAAUUCUCCAAGAGUGCAAUCGGCGCCCCACCGCGGUUCGCGAGCCCUGCACCCCCACGAACCGCUCCAGGUCCAAAGCCGCGCACGCCAGGCCCCCCUUCGAGGCCGUACUCGCGCAAUACGAACUCUCGCCUCGGCCAACAUGAUACAAUCGACGAGGAUGGCGAGGACAUGAUGAUAGGCGGUACACGCACGAGCAACGACUCCAUGACAAACUUCAAAUCCAGUCGCAUGGGUAGCCGGCCGAGCUCAGCUCCCAGCGCGGAGCUUCAGCGGUUGACCAAGGUCAUACAGGAGCGCGACAAACAGCUAGAGGAGCAGGCGAUGGCUCUCACAGAUAUGGAAGCUACACUCGCGGAGAUCCAGAGCCUCAUGCCUGAAGGAGGCUUCGAGCGCGACCCUGCUGAGUCUGGCGAUGUGCGUGAGCUGCGCGCCAUGCUAAGAGACAGGAACGACAAGAUCUCCAUGCUCACAGCUGAAUUCGAUGCGCACCGAGCGGACUUCCGCAGCACGAUCGACACGUUGGAGCUGGCAAGCACAGAGACAGAAAGAGUCUAUGAGAAGAAAGUCGACGAGUUGCAGUCGGAGUUGAUGGAGCUGCAUUCUCGCAACGAAGACGUCGAGACUGUGGCCAUGCAACUGAAGCAACUUGAGGAGCUGGUACAAGAGCUCGAGGAAGGCCUUGAGGAUGCCCGUCGAGGAGAGGCUGAAGCUCGUGGCGAAGUCGAGUUCCUGAGGGGCGAAGUAGAACGCGGUCGAUCCGAACUACGACGGGAAAGAGAGAAGGCUGCUGAAGUGUUGAAGAGCGCGAAUAAUAUGGUCGAUGGCCCGCCCCCUGCUGGCCAAAGAGAGAUUGAGCAGCGAGACGACGAAAUCAGAGGGCUGAAGGCCAUCAUACACUCUCUGAGCUCGGGCAUUCCAGAAGACCACACUCGCUCGCCCCUCUCGCGCCAGAACUCUGCCACAAACACUGAAGAGCUCAAGACUGCACAGGUCGCCGCAGAGCGCCUCGAACGCGAGAAGGAGGAGCUGCGAGGACUUGUAGAGAGGAAGGCUUACCGAGAAGAGGAGCUCGAGCGUGAGAUUGAGAAGCUCAAGAGCCAGAUCGCCCCUGUGCAGCGCGAGAGUGUCAUCAGCAACGCCGUUUCCGAACACACAGUGAAACAGGAGUCGCGCUCGACGGUAGGAGAUGCAAAGGAUUCUCUUGCAAGCUGGCGGGCUGCAUCUUCAGCUCGCCGCGACCCGCCGAUAACUCUGGAACCUAUGGUAGAGUCAGAUGGUCGCUCAUCCGCCGCUGAUAGUGUACUGUGGUGCGAGAUUUGCGAGACCGGAGGUCACGACAUCCUCAACUGCUCCGCUAUGAACGGUGACGCGGCGCAGAAGGACGCCGCGUCCCACGAUGGCGACGACGGUGUUGUCCAGGCAUUGAGGAACCUCUCCGUAUCCUCCGACCAUGCUCGACCUGCUGGCUUGACCCCAACAAAGUCCCCAGGGAACGCUCCCACAACGCCCCUCCCCAUUCCGUCUUUCAAUCACUCCAAUUCGUCGCUGGUGCCACCGAAGGGCGCUGCUGUAGCGGAUCCAGACAAAUGGUGUGCCCUGUGCGAGAAUGAGGGUCACGAUGUGACAGAGUGCCCAAAUGAGGAUGCAUUCUGAGCGAAGCAUAUAUAGAGUGUUCCAUUUCAGCGAUGAUAUCCAGCGUUGUUAGGUGCUUUUCGGAUCGUUGCCAUCCUUUUAUUCCUAACGCUGAUACCCAAUUGUCUCUACCAAAGUCCAGCCUUCUCAAGUUGAAUAUGUGAUGCCAGCCCCCAAACUCGUAACUCC